AUGUUAGUCAAUCCGGUGAGUCACUUUCAGUCUCUGUUCCGCUAUAGUAGUUGAUCUGGAGUGAGUGAAAGAAAAGCCCUGUUUGGCAAGUUCAAUCUACUCACGAUUUUGAUAGAAAUUGCUACGGGCGGCUGGGAUUUUUGCUGGAUCCAGUUGUGGCCUACUUCUUUUGUUCUGUUGGUGGCCACGGUUGCCUCGGCCUAAAGACAUAGCAAGGAUACUAGUGUGGAUUCAAUAGCAUUGUUUCUUUGCAAAGAAGGUUGCCGCUAGUCUUACGAUCGUUGCUUGUGCUGUCGUUGAAGAACUUAGCCUGAUGGACAAAACAUGGAUUGAUUUGCCAAAUAGGAUGUGUGCGGAAUAUGUUAAUGGGAUUGAUCAAUUCCUUACAUAUGCAUACACCAAUUUGGCAGAAGAAGCUAACAUCAAUUGUCCAUGUAGGAGAUGCGAGAAUCGCUUUUAUUUGUCCAAACUAGUUGUGCGUGAUCAUCUUAUUUCAUUCGGUUUCUUGAAAAAGUACAAGAACUGGGUCAACCAUGGAGAAUCUUAUGUCUCAUUUCAUGGUAACCAAGAAAAUGAAAAUUUUCUUGACAUGGACAAUGGGGACGAUAUGAUUGGAAUGAUUCAUGAGGCAAUGGGAAUUCCAGUUGUCGGUGAUGAUGAUGUCAAUGAUGCACUACCUGCCAACGAACCCCAAGCAGGGCCAAAUGAUAAAACUGCAGAAUACUUUAGGCUUUUAGAAAAUGCGCAAACUGAAUUGUAUCCGGGUUGUAAUAGCUUUACAGUAUUGUCAUUCAUUGUCCGGCUAAUGCAUACGAAGGUUCUAAGUGGGUGGACAGACAAGUCUUUUACCAUUUUGCUUGAGUUAUUAAAUGAGGCUUUCCCUGAGGGUGUCAAACUUGCAAAGUCAUACUAUGAAGCGCGGAAGCUAACUAAAGAUUUAGGCUUCACGUAUGAGACAUGGGAUGCAUGCCCUAAUAGUUGUAUGUUGUUUAGAGGUGAAGAUGUCAAGAUUGACAAAUGUGUAAUAUGUAACAGUUCAAGAUGGAAACAGAAUGCUUGUACUUCAAAUGAGGUUGAUGGAGAUGGGAAGCGAAUAGCGGUGAAACAGAUGAGGUAUUUUCCUCUAAGGCCGAGAUUACAGAGGCUAUUUAUGUCUUCUAAAACUGCUAAGUUUAUGAGAUGGCAUGCUGAAGAAAGAUUGAAUGAUGGCAUUUUAAGGCAUCCAGCUGACUCACUUGCAUGGAUUAUAUAUUUGGAAUCUGAGAGGGGACAUCAUGUAGAUGCAUCUGGACAGGCUCAAGAUGCGACUAGUGUAAGGGAGUCAGUAGGAGAUGGUAGUACUCCAAGAUCAUGAGAGUAAAGUUGCAGCAUUAGUCAUAUCUUGAAUGAGGAUUAUAUAUAUGUUAUGUUGUUUAAACAAUUUCUGGAUAUAUAGAGAUGCUAGCUAGCUAGUUGAUGAGGAUUUAAUUAGUAUGACUUUUUUUGAUAUGAACAUAAUGAUUUCAUGUUGUUUUGCGUU